UUUUGAGCUUUCUUUGGCAUAAUUCACUUGACAGCAAUUUACAGCAGCCAAAUCAGCUCUUCAUCAUGGCUUUGAAUGUGGCUCCUGUCAGAGAUACAAAAUGGCUAACGUUAGAAGUGUGCAGACAAUUUCAGAGGGGAACUUGUUCACGCUCUGAUGAGGAAUGCAAAUUUGCACAUCCCCCUAAAAGUUGCCAGGUUGAAAAUGGAAGGGUUAUUGCCUGCUUUGAUUCCCUAAAGGGUCGUUGUACAAGGGAGAACUGCAAGUACCUUCACCCACCAACGCAUUUAAAAACGCAACUGGAAAUCAAUGGCAGGAACAAUUUAAUUCAGCAGAAAACGGCAGCAGCAAUGCUGGCCCAGCAAAUGCAGUUCAUGUUUCCAGGAACACCGCUACAGCCAGUGCCCACGUUUCCAGUGGGUCCCACAAUAGGAACGAACACGGCUAUUAGCUUUGCUCCUUACAUCACACCAGUAACCCCCGGAGUUGGCCUCGUCCCGACCGAGAUCCUACCCACGCCGCCUGUCAUAGUUCCUGGCAGUCCGCCGGUUUCAGUCCCUGGUUCCACUGCUACCCAGAAGCUCCUCCGGACUGAUAAACUGGAGGUGUGCAGGGAGUUCCAGAGAGGCAACUGUGCGCGUGGAGAGACUGAUUGCCGCUUUGCACAUCCUGCAGACAGCACAAUGAUUGACACAAACGACAACACCGUAACCGUGUGUAUGGAUUACAUAAAAGGUCGUUGCAUGAGGGAGAAAUGCAAGUAUUUUCACCCUCCUGCACAUUUGCAGGCCAAAAUCAAAGCGGCGCAACAUCAAGCCAACCAGGCUGCGGUGGCAGCCCAGGCAGCUGCGGCAGCUGCGACUGUGAUGACUCAGUCGACUGCCAAAGCAAUGAAGCGACCUCUCGAAGCAACUGUAGACCUGGCCUUUCCUCCUGGGGUUCUUCACCCUUUACCAAAGAGACAAGCACUCGAAAAAAGCAAUGGUGCCAGUGCCGUUUUCAAUCCCAGUGUCUUGCACUAUCAACAGGCUCUUGCCAAUGCCCAGUUGCAGCAACACGCAGCGUUUAUCCCAACAGGGUCAGUUUUGUGCAUGACACCCGCUACCAGUAUUGAUAAUCCUGAAGUAAGGAGCAGAAGCGGAACGGAAUGUCAAGAGGCCUCCCUGCGAUCGGCAAAGCCCGGUUACUGUACAUACUACCCUGUCUCCUCCUCUCUAGAGUUGCCACAAACUGCAUGCUAAGUAACGAGUUUGUUCUGACGGACAAAUCACACAAACUCUAAAGGAAAAAAAAAAAAAAAAAGUUAAAAAAAAGUAAAAAAAAAGCUAGUGCUGCUAUGUUAUAUAUGAAUAUUAAAUAUGGUAUGCUUACUAUAUUCCAACCUAAAAUAGUUAACUACCUGAUACCAGCUGUGAUGUUUCAAGACAUAAAGGGUAACAUUUAGUUUUAAAGGUUUUCUAAACAUAAUUUACUUCUUGCGAAUAUUGUCUCCAUAACGAUAACCUAACACAAACGGUCCAAUUAAUUUAGUCUUGGGAGAUUCAGCGUUUCUGAAUCUUUCAAGUUCAGCAAUAAUUAAUUUGUAUCGGCUAAAAACCUACUCCAGUUGCAGGUUUGAUUUUAACCCCUAUUAUGAAUGGGUUUCUUCCUCUUGGCUCUAAAUCUUGGUUUUGCUCCCCUCGUGAGCUUAUUCCAAGACGAAGGAAACGAAACAAAGCCCAGCGUCCUGCACGUCACCCUGCCAAUCUAAACGUUUUAGCCAGAAAUCCAAAGUAAAGCACAAAUUCUGUCGAUGCAGAGAGUUGAUGUUCGACUUCUAUGGAGAAAUUGCAUUGGAAUCAUAGCAGAAUAGCAGAAGAAAAAUAAAAAUUUUGCACAGUAUGACCUUCAUACCCCUCUUUAAUCCCCAAAAGAACAAAGUCUUGAAAAUAUUAUUUUACAAGUAUAUUUAUAAUGUUUUUAAAAGAGACUUUGCAGAAGUGCCUAAAUUUUGUCACAUCAGACUUGAUGGAAGUGAGCCUGAUGCCAACAGUCUAAUCUUACAGGAAGCGACUAAUCUUUCAAACUCGUAAUCAGGUUACCAAAAAGAUCCAAGCUGUUAAGAAACAGCUUCUCUAAACGUAAAAUCAUACAAAAGACCAAACAAACAAAAGAAAAACAAAACAGACAAAAAAAGAAAAAAGGAAGGUGCAGAUGAAGAGAUUUGUAUGAUAUUCUCACUUAACUAAAAUUCAGUUUAGUCACUGAAACUUGACAAGUGACUUUAAUCUAGAUUAACAACUGAACACUAAGAAUGUAGGAUGAGAUUCAGUUUCAUAAAUCAUUACUGUAUUUGCAUUUUUAAAUUGGAUCAUAAGAUUGUAACCAGAUUAGAGUGAAGGAAAAAAAUAGUUCUUUUAAUUGUUUUUCUUUAAAAACAUAUUUUGUGUCACAAAAGUAUGAAGAUAUCUUUAAUACAGUUAUAUACAUAUUAUAUAUACAUACAUACAUAUAUAUGGAUGAAGCAGAUUUUAAUGUUGUUUACUUUUUUAAAUACUUUGUUGAUUUACAAGGUAAUUAUAUAUGUAUAAUUAAAAUUUCAUUUGUUUGAUUUGAGAUUUGUUUCAAGCACUAUUGUACCAAAUAUUUCAUAUUUCACAUUUUAUAUGUUGCACAUGUAUCACAUGAACUGCAUAGUUUUUAAAUUAUUGUUUAAAAAAACAAGACAGCUGUUAUAAGUGGAUAUUAUGUAUAAUUGUUUGCGGCAUAAGUUUUCUAUGUGGACAUUAUUAGUGAUUGCAGUAUUUUAACUUAACCUCUUCAGAUUGAUUGUAAACUAUUUGAAACUUUGGCAGCACUGCCUGUUCUGAAAGACUGAAGGCACUAACCGUAUAAUUAUUUGUCUAGGAGAUUAUUUUCCGGGCUAAAUCUUGUUUGUCCAAUGUCUAAUUACUAUCUAUUUAUAUAUAAAGCUGGAGAUUUGAUCAUCCGAAAGAAAACAAGUAAUCACAAUUCGAUUGUAAAAUUAACAUAGUGCUUGUAACGUUGCGUUAGUUUUAAUUUGUGGAAAAAUAAUGUAUCUUAACUUGUUACUUUAGCAGUUAAGGUAUCACCAUUAUAUACUAUUAAACACUAAUAUUUGUAGACUUUCUCAGUCAUUAUAACUAGGUAGUUGACACUGCAACUUGCCUAUAUCUGUCAAAGUUGUUUUUAUUUUUUUAUAAUAGUUAAUUUAGGCAUUUGGGUAGCUUAUUGUAUAAUACUAAAUGGUAAAUUAUCCAUGUUGUUUAAAUAUUUUAUGUAGAUAACUCUUCAAAACAUGGUUUGUGUGAACUUUUUAUGUUUCAGAAUAACUGUUAUUCUAUGUUUUUUACAAUUAAUCCAAUACUACUAUUUUUUGCCCAUGGAUGACGAAGCUUCAGAUACAUCAGGUCUUUCAUCCAGAUCAACUGACAGACAAAAAAAAGAAAAAAAAAAAAAAAGAGAGAAAAUGUAUUUUUAAUAAGAGAUCCACUUUCCGACUUUAUGACUUUGUAAUAUUCCUAAAAGCUGUACAAGUGCAAAACUAUGCUAACAAUAAGGAGGCAAUUACAGACAUGUGCAAAUAUGUGUACAACAGAUUCUGCAUUUUAUUUAUUUAUAAAGUAAUUUUAUAGACUAUUUCAAAAUUUGGGAAGAUCUAAAACUAUUUUUCUGUAUAAAUUUUAUUUGCCAAAACUUUGU